AUGAGUUCUAAACCUAAUAGGAGGCGGAUAACCGCGAAACUGGCCAGAAAUAACUUGAAAAUAGAUUUUUUCAGCAACUCUGCAGAGCCCUCGGGCGAAGAUACCACCUUGGACGUCGAACCCGUUAGACGGAAGUCCAACUCAGAGAAAGAGUCAUUAAACUUGAAGAAGCUCCUGAGGAAGAAGGAGGAGUACGAGCGCGUAAGGAGGGAGUCUGAGAAGUUUUUCAGCGCCCUGGAGAACUACGAGGGAGGGCCCGACUUCUCCGAGGUGGUCGUGAUGGACGAGCCCGCUCUGUUCAACUCGAGCAGACUCGGCACGGGGACCCUGGACACGCUGGUGCCGAUCGCGACGCGCAGAGGUGUUUCCUCCUACGGACUCAUCCUGAUAAGGCCCAACUCUGUCUACGGGCCACUCAUCAACGUCAGGGGCACCAUGGUGAUCGUGUUCAUCGAAAUCGAGAACGGCGCGGUCUUCUUCGAGAGCCUGAACUCGAUUAAGAGGAAGCGCACGCGCUGCAAGCGGCGCAUCCAGGUGCUCGUCAUCCCCGAAGAGGCCUUCGUGAUCCACAACGAGAGCCCCGACGUCACUGCGCGGCUGCUAGCUAUUUCAUGUAGCAAGAAAUGGAAAGACUUUGACAAUCUUAGGUUUAAAGAGGUUGUAGCUCUAGAGUAG